UGGAGUAUUCUCAUUGAUAUCUUGGUCAUGCUAGGUCAAAAUUCUUAAAUAUAUUUUAAUUAAUGCACCAUUAAUGUGCUCUGUUAACAAAUACUGCAACCCAGGCUUCACUCUGGCUAACAUGAAACUAUUGAUAUUCUUUGCAUUUGUCACUGCUGUAAGGGGCCAGUUUGAAUGCCCAGUUGACAUUGAUGGAAACCCAAUUGAUGGGGGAUUUGCCCAUGAGACAGAUUGCACCCGCUUUUACAACUGUUGGGAGGGUGAAGCCACAGAAUGGACUUGUGAGGAUGGUCUCUGGUUUGAUUCCUGGACGCAAGGAUGUGUUCACCCAAUACGUUCAGAUUGCAAAGCUGGUGAUUAUAACAAUGCUAGAUGUAGAAUGACCCCAAAUGACCCUGAUGCAGGACAGCAGAUAUUUGGUGACGUCUUUUUCAGACAGAAUCAAACUGGCGGAAACACUGACAUUUAUGUUGAACUUCGAGGAUUUGAUCCAAACGAUGCUGAGGUGUUACAUGGAAUGCACGUUCAUACAGAAGGGAGUAUAGAGGGCGGUUGUGCUGCUACUGGUGGCCACUUUAACCCUACGUCAAGCAAUCAUGGUUCCCCUGCAUCUGAGGAUAGACACGUGGGAGAUCUUGGGAACAUAGAGGAGGACACAACAGGAAGUGUUGUCAUGGUAUUAAUAGAUGACAAAAUCAGUUUACUUCCUGCCAACCCUAACUACAUCAUUGGUCGCUCUAUAGUUGUCCAUGCAACAUAUGACGAUUAUGGCUUGGGAAAUGGCACAAGUCUAAUAAAUGGAAAUGCUGGCGCAAGACUUGCUUGUUGUGUUAUCAUGGCUAAUGACUUUUAGUUACAAAUAAAGUGCAAAACUUCAGUAUU